CUAAUUUGAUAACCUUUGGAUAUCCCGUCAAAUAUGGCGAUUUUUGGCAUUACUUCAUGAUGCUAGUGCAUUACACCGACAAGUUUGGGAUAUUGAAUCGUAUAUUUUCAACAUUUUAUCAAUGAUUAUUUUCAUUUUGAGUUGGAUCUGGGCAUUCACAGUUUUGUCUGUUUUCAUUUUCACUGCCUGGUACUUAAUACUUCUUUGGUUGAGAAGUAAGUUUGAAGUUGUGAAUUCGAUCCUUGGAUUCAGCGAAUCAACAAAUUCUCAAAUACAAGACUUGAAAAGAGUAAGAAACAAGUUGAGGAAGUCAAGGUUAGAUUGAGCAAAAAAAAAUGAAUAUAAGAUGUGCAAAACCCGAGGAUUUGAUGAAUAUGCAGCACUGCAAUUUACUAUGUUUACCAGAAAAUUACCAAAUGAAAUAUUAUUUUUACCAUGGACUCAGUUGGCCCCAAUUGAGUUAUGUUGCGGAAGAUGAAAAAGGUAAUAUAGUGGGAUAUGUUCUUGCUAAAAUGGAGGAGGACACGGAAGAGAUGAAACACGGUCAUAUAACUUCAUUGGCAGUGAAAAGGUCUCAUAGAAGACUUGGUCUUGCUCAGAAGUUGAUGGAUCAAGCUUCAGAAGCUAUGGUCGAAUGUUUUGAUGCCAAAUAUGUAUCUUUACAUGUUCGAAAGAGUAACAGAGCAGCUUUGAAUUUGUACAAAAAUUCUCUAAAGUUUGAAACUGUGGAAAUCGAACCUAAAUAUUAUGCAGAUGGGGAAGAUGCUUACUCUAUGAGAAGAGAUCUUACGGAAUUCGCAACAAAAAUGGCCAGCGAAGUAGUUGAUAGCAAUGAAACUACCUGAAUUAAUGUGGAAAAUAAAACAUUUCAAUAAA